GGUGAUAAUUUGACAGAAACAACAUAUGAUCGAUUAUAUCAAUACUGUUUAGUGUUUAUUGUUUUAAUGUUUUAAAAUUUUUUCUGAAUAUAGGAUAAAAUUUAAAUGCCAUGAUUCGUGAAGACGAUCCACAGUUUCGAAUAACUCCUUUCCAACAGAUGGCAUCAGCAUGUUCUGGUGCAUUAAUAACCUCCUUAUUCAUGACGCCGUUAGACGUAGUAAAAAUAAGACUACAAGCACAACAAAAAGCUUUACUCUCAAAUAAAUGUUAUUUAUAUUGUAAUGGUUUGAUGGAACAUCUAUGUCCUUGUGGCGAAACUGCAUGGAUACCUAGACGAGUUCACUUCCAUGGGACAAUAGAUGCAUUUUAUAAAAUUGCUAAAUUUGAAGGGGUUCCAGCACUGUGGUCUGGUCUUAGUCCGACUCUCAUCCUGGCUCUUCCUUGUACUGUAAUUUAUUUUGUUUCAUAUGAACAACUUCGAUAUGGAAUGAAAAAAUUUUACAACAACAUGACUGGCAAUGGUGGGCAACCAAUGUGGAUACCUUUAAUAGCGGGAGGUACAGCUAGAAUAACUGCCGUGACUCUCUUUAGCCCAUUGGAAUUGAUAAGGACUAAAAUGCAAUCAAAGAAAUUGUCAUAUUCAGAAAUUAAUUCAGCGUUACGCCAGGUUUUAAAAUAUGAAGGAUAUAAAGGACUCUUUCGAGGAUUAGGAUCUACAUUAUUAAGAGAUGUACCAUUCUCAGGUAUAUAUUGGACCAUGUUUGAAAGUACAAAGAGGGUGUUUAACAGGCCUGAUUCAGAGAAGAACACAUUUAUAUUUAACUUUUUCUGUGGAUCAGUAGCUGGCAGUGUUGCUGCCUUCAUUACUUUACCAUUUGAUGUUGUGAAAACCCAUCAACAAAUAGAGUUAGGAGAAAAAGAAAUUUAUACAGAUGGCAAAGUACAUCAAAGGGCAUCAAAUAUGAAAGAUAUAGCAAGAGCUAUUUAUAAGAAUCACGGAAUCAAAGGCUUGUUUACGGGCUUAUUACCUAGAAUAUUUAAAGUUGCGCCCGCUUGUGCUAUCAUGAUUGCAACAUUUGAAUAUGGAAAACAAUUCUUCCAAAAAUAUAAUACACAAAAAUAUAAGGAGAAAAUGCAAAGAAAUGGAAUAGAGAUUAAGAUUAUUAAAACUGAUUAAAUUGAUUACACAAUUUUAAGUUUGGUUUUUUAGGCAUCAUGAUAUUGUACUAAUGGGUCAAACUUCGAAUAAUAAAGAGUACACGUCUAUGUAGUUUAAUAAAAUAAACGGUAACAAUAAGUUUAAUGAUGAAAAAGUUUUUAUGACUUUUACUCAUAAUAUUUUCCUUAUUAGAAUAAUAACACCAAGUGAUAUUAUGGAAUAGUGUUUGUUAUUUAAUUUAGUAUUAUCUCCUAUCACUAAAAAAAUUGCUAUAUAUAUGAAGAAUGUUAUUCAAUGUACUUUAGUACAAAACAAAUUUUUGACACCAAAGCAAUUUAAUUGGACUUAUUAUGAACUCCAAUAUGUGUAAAUAUAGAUAAUUAAAUGUAAAUAAUUUAAACAAA